AUGAUAUUUUAGAUUAUAGCGAUAAUCUUAAUAGCAAUCAUUUUGGCUGGAUUUGUUUAUUCUUGGAAUAAAGCAGGACCAAGAAGAAUUUAUAAUGUAGAUUUAACAGGCAAAAUUGCCAUAGUAACAGGAUCUUCUGCAGGUGUUGGUAAAGAGACAGCCAAAAAGUUGGCUUUUAGAGGUGCUACAGUUAUAUUUGCUUGUAGAAAUUAAUAAAAAACUCAAAUUAUUAUUGAUGAAAUAUAGAAGAUAAGCAAGAAUAAUAAUUUACAUUAUAUAAAUUUAGAUUUACCAAAUUUUGAUUCUGUAAGAUAAUUUGUUAAGGAAUUUAAAUAAAGAUUCAAUAAAUGUGAUUACUUAAUUAAUAAUGCUGGUAUCUUUAUAAUUAAUUAAUAAAAAAAUAAUUUGAAUCAAGAACUCACAUUUGCUACAAAUCAUUUGGGUCAUUUUCUUUUGACUAANAAUUUUUAUUAGUAUGAAAGAACACAAUUAUAUAACCAAUUUUGA